AUGUCUGAUAUCCCCUUCACACCUCCCCCGUAUUCCCAAAAACGAACGACGAAAAGCCUCGAGCGGUCUGCUGCGUGGCUCGUUGAUAUCCUUCGACCCUCGGAUAACGGCGUACACGAGGGAGAAGAACAUGUCGCUCAACCGAAUGUAAUUGUCCACAUGGCUGGAGGUGCAAGCAUUCCCGCACGCAAGGCCUUCGCGGAAACAUUGGCAGAAGCCCUAUACGCUAAAGAAGCCGAGCUACUCAAGCCCUUGAAGCAUUUGAAUGACGGCAUACUCGGAUAUGUCUUCGAUCUCGUACCCCUACGUCUCUCACUGAAGACCGAAAACACGAUUAGCGACGUGGUUGGAGAUGAUGAUCUUGAUCAAGGCAAUACUACACGACCCAUCCGAGCACAAAUUGCGGAUUUCAUUCCAUUACUUAAAGCCUCGUUGGCUCCUCUUCCGGAGAGUAAAGUGCGAUUGGUCAACUCCACCAGCUGCCCCCACGAGGUUCUGCAAUUCAUACGUGACAUUGGGGUAGACCUCUUUGACGCCCAUUGGGCACAAAGAGCUGCCGAUAUCGGUGUUGCGUUGGAUUUCAAAUUCCCUUUUGGCGAGGAAAGUUUAGAUACCUUGCAGCAGGCGCAUGGGAAACGCGAUAUCGGACACAACCUGUACGACACACGUUAUGCACUUGACUUUUCGAGGUUGGCUUCGUGUUUCCUCGAUGGUGCUAGUGCUACGGACCUUGCAACGGCCUGCCCGUGUGCCGCAUGCUCGCCUUCAGCCCCUACCUCCCACAUAUCACACAGUUUACUUGAUUCGUUCGCCAAAGUCGAGGGUUCCAGAAUUCUUCCGCCGUAUACCCGUGCCUAUCUACACCACCUACUGCACACCCAUGAGAUGUCAUCACAUACUUUGCUCGUGAUGCACAACAUCACCGUUCUAGAUGCCUUCUUUGCCGGUAUACGCUCUGUUCUUAGCCAAGAGAACGGGAAGGAAAGAUUUGUUACGGAGGUGGCAAGGUUCGAGAAGGAGUAUGAUGAAAAGUUAACAGUUUUCGAUCAAGCCCGCGUGCUUUGGGCAGAGGUCGAGAGAGCGAGGGGCAAAGGUCGGCUGGCGAGGGAGAAAGCGAAGCAGAACGAAACGACUUUGGGCACCGCUGUGGAAUUGGAGUAA